AUGUGGCGGGUGCGUUCGCACCAUAUGGGGCCCAGAGAUGGCAGAUUCGGUCCUCACAAGAACGAGGUGGUGAAUCUGACGAGGUGGCCGAAGUUGUACGCGGGCAAGUUCUACAAGACAAGGCGCGGGCAGAACUCCCAGUCCGAGCACAUCAGCAACGUCCUGGGGCAGAUGAGACACCAAAAGGACUGUGCGGAGAUGAUCCAGAGCCGCGAGAAUUCCACGGGGGCCCGAUACGCCGCCGUGCUGAAGGUGCGCGACAACACCCUCGCCCUGCGCCCGGUCGUGCCAGAACUGCUCGUCUCCAUCGACAAGGUCGUCGUCAAGAGGUGUGCAUCCUGGGGAGGUGUCAACGACAAGGUCAUGGCGCUGCCGCGGAAGCAUCUAGAGGGCAUCCUGGGCAGCACCUAUGACUUCAUGCAGAAGGUCAUGAACGAUCCCGUUCUGGAUUCGCGGAUGCGCUCUUUGUCCCAGACGUCCGCUAACACAGAGAUGAUCGUGCUCUGGACGCUGCGCGCCAGUGGAGCUCCUGUUCUCCAUGAGGACACCACCAAAAGGACAGAUGUUGGGCUCUACCUGCCCUUCACGGACGGCAGGUGCCAGUCCGGCAGCGAGUCUGGGAGAGAGGACCGGUGGUGUGUCGUGGCGCACUGCAAGGACUGCCACCCGCCCGAGCCUUGGACCCUCAACGUCACCUGUUCCACGGCGGGAGGUCGCGUCGAGGAGGGCACGGAUGCCUGGUGUAAGGCAGCGCGCUGA